AUGAAUACAGCCAAUUCCUCCGUGAUUCAGGUGAGUUGGGUCCAAGAUUCCCAGAGCUACGCGAAGACCCUCGCCGCUCUGCAGGGCGUGGAUCCCGACGAGAUCCUGUUGCACGACGGCACCCGCGGGCGCGUGCUGGCGUCCAAGGUGGUCGGCGCGUUCCACCAGAUCGAAAAAUCUUGCUGCCGCGUGCUCUUUGUUUCGAGGCAGUAUUUCGACCAGGACAAGGGGGCGGAGCUCCUGAAGAGACUGGCUUCCGGAUCUGUCGACGCCGACCUCAUGUCCAAGUACACCGCCCUCGCCGCAUCGUACUGCCUCAUCCGCUACGUUGAGAAUUCGACGGGCUCCACCUUCGCGGACGCCAGCCUCCGAGUUCGGACUGAUUCUGGCGGGGACGGGAGCAUGUACAUCGAUCGCUCGACUGCUAAGGAGCUAGAGCUCAUCACGGACGCGCGCUCCGGCGGGCAGAAGAAGAGUCUUUUUGGCGUGAUCAACCACACCAGGACAGCCGUCGGGGCGAGGCUGCUCCGCUCUACCAUCCUCGGCCCCUGCACGGACAUCGCCACCAUCGAGGAGCGGCUCGAUCUCGUGACCUUUUUCCUCACCAUGGAAGGCGUCUUCAACAGCACCCUCAAGGUUCUCGGAGAGUUCACCGAUCUGGAUCGAAUGCUCAGCGACCUCGUCACGGUGCCCAAGCAAGUGACGCCGGUGACCGCGGGCAGGAGCAUCGCGACGCUCAUCUGCCUGCGGCACACGCUUCGAUUGAUGGCCCCCCUGGUGCAAGCUCUCGAGGAGGGCGUGCGAGAGAGCGGGCAGCAGUCGACUGCCCGCCGAGACGGCGGCGGCGGGGAGGGAGAAUACGACGAGCGCUUCCACAACGGCGACGACGCCACGGGAGAUGCGGCAGGAGACGGAGGCAACAGCAGUGGCGACGGCGCUGGCGGUGGCGCCAGUAGCCCUCUGCUGAAGGCCCUCCUGGAAAACUUCCUCGACCCUUGCCUGGAGAAGACGCUAGAGCGGCUGGACUCGGUCCUGACGGACAGCACCUCUUACACCAGGAACCCGGCGGCGUUGCGCCACGAGGAGUGCUUCGCAGUUCGAGCUGACGUGGAUGGGAUGCUGGACGUCGCUCGAACGACGUUUCUGCAGAGCAUGGAAGACAUCUAUCGGGCGGCAGACGCCAUGACGGAGGAGCACAGCUAUCAAGUCAAGGUGUCGUGCUCGGUUUCCCGGGGAUAUCACCUCAUCAUCCCCGCCGGUGUGGAUCUCCCUCCCGGGCUGAUCCAGGCGGUCCAGAAUACCAAGACCAUCGCUUGCACCACCGAGGAGGUGUCGUCGUUGUCCGACCGUGCAAACGAAGCGGUGCGCACCGCCCUCCUCAUCACGCACGACGUCAUACAAACGCUGGCGGACGAGAUACGGACCGAGGCCCUCGACGCCCUGUUCGCGGUCACGGAGUCGGUGGCGCUUCUCGACAUGAUCUUUGGCUUCGCCGACCUCGUGACGCUGAGCCCGCUGGCGUUCUGCCGGCCAGAGGUGACCGCCGACGGCCCCAUGUCCAUCCGAGGCGGACGCCACCCCAUCGUCGGAGCCGUGCAGGAAGACUGGAAGUUCGUCCCCAACGACACCUACAUGAGCCCCUUCAUCAACUUCCGGGUGGUAACGGGGCCGAACAACAGCGGCAAGUCUACGUACCUCAAGCAAGCAGGGCUGAUAGUGCUGAUGGCGCAGAUGGGCUGCUACGUGCCCGCAGAGAUGGCCGUCAUCCCCGUGCGCACGAGCCUCCUCUCUCGCAUCGGCACGGGCGACGACUUGGAGAACAACGUGUCGACUUUUCUCAUGGAGAUGCGCGAGAUCGCUCAGGUGAUGAUCGACGAGCUCGGCCGGGGAACGUCGAACCGAGAGGGCCUGGCGGUGGCUUGGGCCGUGGCAGAGAAGCUUCUCUCUUCUUCUGCUUACACACUGUUCGUCACGCACUACUCCCAGAUGCCCGGCCUGGCCGACCUCUACCCCAACGUCGAGAACAUUCACCUGCAGACAGCCCUUGCACCGGCAGCGGCGGCGGCGGGGGCGACCGGGGGGGCGGGCGGGCAGACCGGCGCGUUGCGGUAUCUUCACAAGGCGUUGGAUGGACGGUGCGACCCCGGCGACGGAUACGGUAUCCGGACGGCGGAGAUGUGCGGUCUCCCUUGGGAGAUCGUGGAGGAGGCGCGGGUCCUGCGAACGCAAGUCAUUGAUGCCACCAAGGCCAAGGAGAUCAAGGGCAGCGCCGGAGCCCCCUCGGAAGCCGAAAAGGACGCCUACGAGCUGCUUAGGACCCUGGCCACGCUCAAAGGCUCUACCAUGGACCCAAUCGCCCUGCGCGAGUUCCUCCACGUGCUGUCCCUCGAGUACGGCAAGGGCCCGAAGGGCGCGAGAAUUCUAGCCUCCCUACCCCCCUCGACAACCACCCACGGUACCGACGCCGCCCGCGCGAAGCCCCCCGAUGAUCCCGAUGAUGACAAUGAUCCCGAUGAUGACAAUGCCCGUGGUGGCCCAAGCAAGACCGCGUCGUCGAAAGGCGGCGGCGUCGAGACGCUACCCCUGUCGGCAACAGCGGCGGCGUCCACUGCCGGGACACCGGGCGGUGUUGGUGCAGCAGGUGAUGGAGGUUCGGCGGAGUACGAACUCAACAACAGCAGCGGCAGCGACAGAAGGAGCAGCGACAUGGAUGUCAUCGCCCGACCAACACCAAAUGGCGACGCGUGUGUCUGACACACACGGGCGGGCGUGUGGUGUACAGCAUACAAGGAAUAGUAGAUGACGACGGCGUGAAAGCUGUAGGGAAGGGGGCUCAGUGAUUGGGGCAUCCAUGCGUCCACCCCUCAUGUGCCGGGACAGAAGAGGGCGAUCUCCAGCCCCGUUUGAGCAAUGACCAGAGCCCAAGACCCUUCCUACAUCUGUCCGGGACAUUUGUGUUCUUGAGGUAGCCGAGGAUGUUUUUGUAUCAAAUUGUACCUGUGGCGUUUAGAGACUUUGUCAUGUGAUUUAGUGUUUGUCGUUCUCGUCCAGUCGAUCUUCCUCUUCCUCCUACCGCUGCGCCCGAAAUUUCAGUAUCAUGAGUUGAUGGACGGCUGGUCCUGUUUACUUGCCUACAUACACUACAGGUAGUGGUAGCGGUAUUAGCGUUGGAUGUAUGCUAUUAUUGAGAAGAGCGUCCUCAGUGGAUUGCGUAGAUGGUUGCCUCAUUUUCAUUUUGUGGCUUCAGAAAAAGCGGGAAUAAAAGCUGAAAGCCCCUUUACAGAGUAGAUGGCGUACACUCCUUGCCCGAAAAACAAACAUAUCGGGGAAUAGCUCAUGACCGAAGAGAUGGGGGGCCGAGCUCGUGGAUGGAUAGGUCGAGCGAACGGAAAAAGAGGUCGUCAAUAGCGAACGUUGUGCGGGGACUGAAGGCGUGCAAAGUCGUGUGCAAGAUACAGAUGUCGCGUGAUUUAGGUGCGACUUUCGUGAUUG